GAGAGAGGUUGGGAUCUAGAGAGAGAGAGAGAGAGACAAACAGGUGGUCUGGAAACACAGAACAAUGUCGUCCGGCGGAGCGACGCGUAAAGAGCCGCGCUCCUCGCUCCAGUGACGGAAUAACGACGAGCAGACGACAAACCCCAUGCUCCUUCCUCCUGCCUCCACACGGGCUUCUCCUCUUCCUCCUCCUCCUCCUCCGCCUCCGCCGCCGCCGCGGGUUUGACUCCGGAUCUGUGGGGCGCAGACCCGGGACCGCGAGCCAUGAAAGUCACGGUGUGCUUUGGCCGGACGCGGGUGGUGGUGCCGUGCGGGGACGGCAACAUCAAGGUGCUCACGCUCAUCCAGCAGGCGGUCAUGCGGUACAAGAAGGCGAUCGCCAAGGAUGCCAGUUACUGGCUGCAGGUCCACCGGUUGGAACACGGUGACGGCGGCAUCCUGGACCUGGACGAUGUGCUCUGCGACGUGGCCGACGACAAAGACCGGCUGAUAGCGGUGUACGACGAGCAGGAGCCCCAUCAUGGAGGUGACGGCACCAGCGCCAGCUCCACAGGGACCCAGAGCCCUGACCUGUUUGCGGCGGACCUCAGCGCCGGCAGCGGGGCCUCGGCCUUCCAGCCGUACCAGGCGGCCAGCGAGAUCGAAGUGACGCCCUCCGCCCUGCGCACAAAUAUGCCGCUCCACGUGCGGCGCAGCAGCGACCCCGCCCUGAUGACCAUCAACGGGCCGUUCAGCGGCGGCGAGGUGCGGGUCCAGACGGAAGAUCCGCCCUCGAGGAAGAACCCGACCCGCUGGUCCACCACCGCUGGCUUCUUGAAGGCUCGACACGCGUCCGGCACCAACAGCCUGGAGAGGAAGGGUAAAGUCACGGACACGUAUCGCAGUCUGCCGCGGGACGCAGGGACGUGGGCCAAUCAGAGGGAGUUCCAGAGGGAGACGGCCCGGUCGUCGCUCAGUGCCAAUCACCCCAUGGUGGACCGCUGGUUGGAGAGACAAGAGCAGGAGGAAGACGCCGGAGAAGAAGAAAACGGCCGCAUCGACCCGGUUGGACGAGCCGACUCCUGCAUGGACCACACCCCCGUGAGGUCACUCGAAGACAUAGUCAAACUGGUGGAGGUGUCAAACGACGGUGGGCCCCUGGGGAUCCACGUGGUGCCUUUCAGUGGCAGGGACCGCAGGACUCUUGGCUUGUUGGUCAAGCGUCUGGAGACGGGGGGGAAGGCCGAGCAGCAGGGCCUCUUCCAGGAGAACGACUGUAUCGUCCGUAUCAAUAACGGAGACCUGCGAAACAUCCGAUUUGAACAAGCCCAGAACAUGUUCCGUCAGGCCAUGCGCUCUCCGGUCAUCAUGUUUCACGUGGUGCCGUCGUCCAUGAAGGCCCACUACGAGCAGCUGUCCCACACCGAGAGGAACCCGGCGUACUCCUCGGGUCGUUUUAGCCCCGACUCCGUGAGCGGCAGCACCGUGUCCGCCAUGGAGCACACGCCGCAGAGGAUGUCCCGACACGGCUCCCAAACGCAACCGCACUCCCAUCCGCACCCCCAUCCCCACGCUCACCCGGAACAGAACGACGGCUUCCCACCCCUGACGCACCCGGCGGUGUCUGCGGCCAAGCCUCCGAUGGGUCACACCCACUCGCCCCAGCGGGGGCUGAACGCCACGCCGACGGGGGGGUAUGCCAAAAAGGUCGGGAGGAGGCUCAACAUCCAGCUAAAGAAAGGUCCCGAGGGACUCGGCUUCAGCAUCACGUCACGGGACGUCCCCAUCGGCGGCUCGGCGCCCAUCUACGUAAAGAACAUCCUGCCUCGGGGAGCUGCCAUCCAAGAUGGCCGCCUCAAGGCAGGAGACAGGUUGCUGGAGGUGAAUGGAGUGGACCUAAACGGGCGGACCCAGGAGGAGGUGGUGUCCCUGCUCAGGGCCACGCCCAUGGGUGGCGCCGUCGGGCUGCUGAUCCUCCGCCAGGAAGACACCUUCCUCCCCCGAGAAGUGAACGCCGAGCCCCAGAUGCAAAGCCCCAGAGAUUCGCAACCGAGGCAGCCGGUGAUAGCCGGGAAACCCCAUUGGCUGAUUGAGAAGACGGAGGAGGAUGAACUGGUCCUGACUCCAGAUGGGACCAGGGAGUUCCUGACCUUUGAGAUCCCCCUCAGCGACUCGGGUUCAGCAGGUCUGGGCGUCAGCGUCAAAGGCAACCGCUCCAAGGAGAACCACGCUGACCUGGGCAUCUUUGUCAAAUCCAUCAUCAACGGGGGGGCCGCCUGUAAGGACGGGCGGCUUCGCGUGAACGACCAGUUGAUCGCUGUCAAUAGUGAGUCGCUGUUGGCCAAAACCAACCAGGACGCCAUGGAGACGCUGCGCAAGUCCAUGUCGACGGAAGGCAACAAGCGAGGGAUGAUCCAGCUCAUCGUGGCCCGACGAGUGGCCAAAAGAAACGAGGAGACGCCAGGCAGCCCGUUGGGAUCCCAGCAGACCAUGAACACCUCCCUGGACGACCACGAGCGCAGAAUCUCUCACUCGCUGUACGGUGGCCUGGAGGGUCUCGAUGACAACUUGAUGCCACGACAAGGAAUGAUGCCGCGCACAAUAGGUAACUACCAGCUCUCGCCGACCGUCAACAUGCCGCAGAACGACACUGUGAUCAUCGAGGACGACCGGCCGCCGCUCCUCCCGCCGCACCUCUCCGACCAGUCGUCAUCGAGCUCCCAUGACGACGUGGGCUUCGCCGCUGACACCACGCCUCCGUGGGCCAAAGCGCCGCCCGCUCAGACCGACAGCUCCGUGAUUCCAGAUGAGGAUAAUCCAGCGUUCCAGAGGGAAGGCUUCGGACGCCAGAGCAUGUCGGAGAAACGCACCAAACAGUUCGGAGACGCCGGGCAGCUGGAGCUCAUCAAAACACGCAAGUCCAAGAGCAUGGAUCUAGUAGCCGACGAGAUUAACCUCACCCCUCGUCCCGACAUCUACGCAGGCUCCUCCACAAGGGAUGUGGGCCCCUCGCUCGGCCUCAAGAAGUCCAGCUCUCUCGAGAGCCUGCAGACAGCUGUUGCCGAGGUAACGCUCAACGGCGACCUCCCCUUCCACAGGCCACGCCCCCGUAUCAUCCGGGGGCGUGGCUGCAACGAGAGCUUCAGGGCCGCCAUCGACAAGUCGUACGACCGACCGGCUCCGGCGGAGGAGGACGACGAGGGCAUGGAGACGCUGGAGGAGGACACAGAGGAGAGUUCACGCUCGGGUAGGGACUCUGUGUCCACCAUGGCCGACCUGACGCCGCUCUCUGGCACGGAGAAGCCGCUGGUCAACGGCACCAACCGCACCAAAGAGGAGAAGAAGAAGGACAAGGAGAGGGGAGGCAAGGAGAAGAAGAGGCAGCAGGAGGGAGGGAAGGAGAAAGACAAAGGAGACAAAGGAGACAAGGGAAAAGCCAAGAAGGGCAUGCUGAAGGGACUCGGAGAAAUGUUCAGGUUCGGGAAGCACAGGAAAGACGAGCGUCCGGGGGAGAAGCUGGAUCGUAAAGGCUCCAGCAAGUGGAGGUCGGAGGAGUCGCAGGUUUCUGAGGAGGACACGCUGAAGAUGAGGAUGGAGCAGGAGAGGAUCCAGGCCAAGACGAGGGAGCUGAGGGAGCGCCAGGCCCGGGAACGGGACUACGCUGAGAUACUGGACGUAAGCCGCACGCCGGAGAGGUCGUCGGAGGAGGAGCACACGUACGCCGGAAUCAACCCCCUGAACAGCUCGGUGGACAGCGGCCACAGCCGACCCCACAGCCCCCGGGACGAUUACCCGCACAUCCACGCACAGCACCAGCACCAGCACUCGGAUUCCCUCUACACUCAAGUCAGCAAGGCCCGCACCGACCGGCCUCCUUCUGCAGACAGUAGCCGGUUAGCCCCCAGCAACCACGACCGGAUACAGAGGCUGAGGCAGGAGUUCCAGCAGGCCCAGGGCGUCCCGGACGACCCCGACGACCGCAGGAGGACCUACAGCUUCGAGCAGCAGUGGUCGAACGCCAGCAGCAGCAGCAACGGCCCGGGCGGGUACAGCAGCCAGCCGGGACGCCACUCGGUGUCGGUCGAGGUUCAGAUGCAGCGGCAGAGGCAGGAGGAGAGAGACUCGUUCGCCCAGGCACAGCGACAGUACAGCUCCCUUCCAAGGCAACCCAGGAAAAACCCCAGCCUCAUCUCACAGGACUCGUGGGAUAAGGCGUACCCACCCGGAGAGGGCUUCCAGUCAGCCAAGGACAACCCCAGGUACUCCAGCUACCAGGGCUCCAGGAACGGCUACCCGAGCGGCGUCGGCGUCAACGCCAGAGUCCUUCUGGAGGCCCAGGAGCUCCUGAGGCAGGAGCAGCGGCGCCGAGAGCAGGAAGCCAAAGGGAAAUUAAUGCAGGAGCACACCGGUACCAGCAGCUACGACGGAUACUCCACAGCUCACCUGAAGGACCCGGCCUCCCCCAAAGGUCCCUACCGCCAUGAUGUGCCACCUUCACCUUCACAGUUAGCGAGGCUUAAUAGAUUGGGGUCAGAGAAAGGACGACUUUUUUAUUCAUGAGGAGUCUUGUUGGACUAAUGGACAAAGAGCCGAGCGGAGAACUUUUGGGCUCAGGAGCUAAAGGGGAUUACUUUGAAGAACCUGCAAACGUGGACGCUUCAAAUCCUGACAAAGGACAAACUAGAAGUCUCAGCUUAGCGAUGAUCUUAGAGGUAAACGGCUGUGAAGUGAGCGCAGUCUGUGGGUGUUUGUGUUCAAUCCCUUGCUGUGCCGAUGACCUAUAACCAGUAGCCACUCACCCGACAGACUGGAGACACGCCCAGUGCCUUCUCUGCAUUCACAGACACGAUGCUCGUUCACACUCGUCCAGGACUCGUUGGAGAUCUGGAGCCGUCACGUACUGACAAUCAAACGGGCAAACAGGCAAGUGAGAGGUGGUUCUUCUGAGCCCGGGAGGAGGCGUGUGCACCUCUGCACGUGAUAAGGUACAUGUGUCACCAUCCAGUGCGGGUUUCAUGCUUUUUACAUGUGGCUGCCUCUUCCCCUCCGGUCACAAAUCUCCCUUUGUUCGCUAAAAGUUAAAACUCAGUCGCUGCCGGUUUCUCCGUUCCAGCGUUUUUCUCCUCAGCGAUCGGCCUCGCUCACAUGAGUCCUCCCAGGGGAGCGGAGGAAACAAGGCUCAGUGUAUGAAAGAAGCAGGGCACAGUGUGUGUGUUAUUCAUAAAAACUCCCCCCCCUCCUCCUCCUCCUCCUCAUAAAUGAUUCAUAUCAUGUGUUAUCUCCGUGAGGGCGACCCAAGCAGAGAGGGUAGCCAGCUCUGGUCCUCUGCCUGGCCUCCCUGCUCUGCUCUGGGCUCGACACAUUGGCCUGCCUGCCUGUCUGGAGCUCUGGCUUCCGUCCUCCUCCUCCUCCUCCUCCUCCUCCUCCUCGUUCAUUACGCUCCUUUCUUCUACCGCUCUUCUCCCACCUUCUUCUCAUCUCACCGCUUUCCUUCCCCUGUACUCUUCCUCCUGCUACCCAGCACCACCACCACCACCCUCCCUCCUCCUCCUCCUCCUCCUCCUCCCGCCGAGUCAGACUCUGCACUGAAUUUUUCAUCACAAGCCACCUGCUGCCUGCCGGAGCCAGAGAACGCUGCCACCAGAGGCACCGACGGAGGGCUCGGCUUCUGACACGAAGAGAGGAACAAAAAGCGUUACAGAAAGAAAAGAGCCAGAAUAAAGAUGGGUAGAGAGACAAUGUCCUUCCCAGUGUGAGAUUAGUGGGAGCUUUUCUCCUGUUUUUAACAAAAGGCAAAAUUGUCCUCAGGAUUUAAUUGCUUUCGAUUGCUGUAAUUGCUUUCUCUAUUUUUUCGUCUUUACCUUUUAAAGCAUUUAGCCGACACUCUUCUCCACAGCGAUUUGAAGAGAGGCGGCAGCAGGUAGGGGCGCUAUCUGGCCUCAUACAACACCGCAGUUAAUGGAGGAGCCGAGCGCUGCUGGCUUUUUACAGAGUCGGCUGAAGGAAAAUUCAAUAAAGCAGAAUUUCUGGCUCGCGCAGCUCUCGCAGUACAUGCAGAUGGUUGUGGUUUCUGUUCGUCCAGGUUUUGAGAUGCCUAUCUCUGGAGUUUUCUGAUGUUCCUCCUGAUACAGUGGAGGCGGAUGGAGUUUUGUUUUUCUUUCUUUCUUUUGCCCACAGCAAAGCAAAGUCACACACAGAAAUAUUUUUACUGAAAUGUUUUUUUUUUUGCACUAGUCACGACCAGUCAGCCCGGCUUGUCUAUGAGCUGGGUCCAAAUUCAGGGGCUGCAUUUGAAGACCAAUUGCGUCACAGCAGUGGAACUAGACAAUCUCAAUUCGAAGGCUAAUGCGUCCUUCCAUCCCUGAGAAACCGAUACCACAGCUCCACUCUACGAUUUCUACAGAGCAGACUAUCAAGACAAUGAUUUCAUACUUUAUUCAAAACCAUCGACUUCUAUCUCAAAGCCAUUUCACCAACAGAGGAAAGUCACGUACAAGGAGAUGGUUUAAUGCAACUGAUAAGUUCUGAUUAUUGUGGAGACAAAGAAAUCUCAAAACCUGAACAAAUAAAACCUGAAUUGUCUGCGGGACUAAACGUCACCGGUGGGAAGAUGAAGAUUGAAGUUUUAUGAAUCAUGUAAUAAUAAUAAUAAUAAUAAUGUGUCACGAGGACCUGAGAGUUGACGUCGGACAAAAAGGGAAAUGCAAAGAAAUAAAAUGAAUAAAUAUGUGGCCGUCAUCAAGCGGUGGAUAAUUGCCCUUCACUCCUACACACUCGCCCAUUUGUAGAGUGAUGCUGCAUGAGAAGCAUUAUCUGGUGCUGGUUAAUGAAGAUCCUCACUGGGAGAGACGCAGUGGGGGGGGGUGGGGGGGUGCUUGAUGAAUGAAAAUGUAUAAGAUGAAGAAAGAAAAUGACUUUAAAUGGAUUAUUUCAGUGUUUAAACCUGUUCACAAGGCUCCUCUGCUUUAAGCUAAUUAAAAACCCCUGUCUGCAUUAUGGAUGUACGUGGAUGUGACAACACAAACACACACUGGGCCCCCGUCACAGUGUGUGUUUGUGUUGUUCACGCUACAAUGGGCUGACAAACCAAACACAAUACGACCUGUGCAGGUGAUGCACAAAACAAACGUAUCAGGGCCAAGAUCUGAAAAACAGAGAAGAGGAAUCGUGUUUGUUUUUCUUUUGCAUUUCAAGAAUAAAGUGGAAAUAAAUUCAAACUCCUCUGGUUCAUCAAAUCUAUUCGGAGGAGGAGACUGUGAAUAAAGAUGGACGACAUGAUGGCUCCCACAAAAGUGAAGCCAAAACAUCUCAAUCCCCCCCUGGUGGCUGAUUGCAGUAUAGCUCAUAAAACUCCUGCCUCCUCCAUGUUAGCAUUAUUCAAAUUACGCACAAAAUAGAGUUUUUUCUCAAAGAUGGUUUCUGUCAUUUUAAGCAGUUAUCACGAUGUUCGUUCAAAUGUUCAUGUUUCCGAUAAGUUUGGAUUUGAUAAGUUAUUUGAUAAUAUACAUGUUUCUCGACAUUUUGACUUUAUUCUGGAAAUGCAAAAUGGAAUGAAAAUCCUCUUCUCAUUCUUUCCUCGUGCCCGACCACUCCCCCAUGUUUUGUUGAACGUGUUUAGCGGAGCGGCCGACGCUUCCUGCUGUGAACACUCGUGCGUCUCAAAGUGCAGACUCACACAUUUUGAAGGAUGUUCUUGACACUUGUUUUAAAAUAUCAUGUUUUUGUUUUUGUUUUUCCUUGCCGUUCAUCUGACCCAGUUAUGGGGUCGAACAGCAACAAGUGCCUGAGAUAAUAUUUUACACAAAGAGGGACACGAUGUGAUUUGUCUAGUGACACUACAGCACACAAACAACAGUGUGUGUGUGUUUUUUAACUGUUUGAAUAUCAUAUAAAAAUGUGUCAUUUUGGUGGGGGACUCCUUCCUUUUUUUAAAUUUUAUUUUAUUCACAAGAGCCAACACUUACAAGCUGUUGUCAGUGUAUUUGUAUCCUGUUUGAAAUUGCCUUCAACCAUGCUGUGUUUUAAAGUAUAAAAAAAGAAAUGGAAGCUGAUGUGCAAUUGUUCUGUUGUGUGUUUUUUUCCAGAAAACUUUUACAUGAUAUAUUAAGAAAUGUACACAGCCACUUUUCCUGUACAUAUCAAAUUUAGAAUAAAGCGGAAGGCUGUUCCAUCCUGUUUACAACCUG